AUGGCGCGCCUGUCGCUGCCAACCACCGCCCGACUUCCAUCGUCCCUCCGAGUCGACCCGACCAACAAGUCCGUCAUCAAAGCCCUCAGCCGGCUCUCGCGGUCGUCGCUGCUUUCUCUCGUGCUCGACUGGCUAGACGACCGGAACCAGCUGCUGUGCCCGCCGCUUCUCCGCCGGUCCGAGGACGAGGAAGAGGACGAGGACGAUUUCUACCCGCCGGCGCGGGAGCUGCCCGAGCUGCGCGACGUGUAUGCGACGAUGCGGGAGCGGCGGGGCGGCCGCCGCGAGGUCGUCGACCGCGUGCUCGAGGGCGACUGGCGCUACGGCGUGAGCCUGUACCAGCUGGCGAUGGCGGAUCUGCAGCACCUCUACGACCACCCGGGCAGCCUCAAGUGGACCGCGUACCGGAUCCAGCGCCUGCGCGCGCCGGCCCACGAGGACGACGUCGACGACGAUCACGCCGCGGCCGACCGCCCGGACCGCGAGUCCCUAGCCGUCCCGCGCUUCCACCCGCCCACUUUCCUGCAGAACCUGCAGGCCGAGGUCCUCCCGGACGUCAAGGCCCACUAUAAUUUCGACCGCCCCAAGGGUCUGCCGCUCCUCCUCCUACGCAUCUUCAUCAUCGACUCGCCGUACAACACGGACCUCGCCGUCUCGAGCCGCCACCGCGGGCGCGGCGCCGCUAGCAACGCCUACCACGCGAGCACAACGACGACGACGACGACCAGUUUCGACGCCGCGCGCACCAUCUACGUCGCGUUCCCGGACGCGUCGCCCCACAUCUUCAUCGCGAAGUCGGCGUCGACCUUGCUGUCGGCCAGCGCCUCGGCCUCGGCCGCGGCCACCUCGACAGCGUCCGCGGCCACGUCGGCGGCAGCCGGCGAAGCCAAGAGCCUGCGCGCGCUCAUCGUCGAGGGCAUCCCGAAGGCGCUGUCGCGGCCGCGCGAGCGCUACGCCCUCAAGGCGACCGACCUCAGCACCAAGAACCUCGGCGCGCUGCUCGCAGCGAAGGGGCCCGGGCGCGGCGGCGCGGCGGCCGGCGGCUGGGGCGCGUACGCCGGCGUGGCGCGCGGCGACGUCGCGGCCGACAGCCCGCUGCAGAGCGUCCUGCCGACGCCGCCGCUGUCGGACGCGAGCCACCCCGACGAGGGCGCGGGGGGCGCCCCCCGGGACGCGGGCCGCAGCAGGUACGGGAACAGCGACAGCGGCAGUGGCAGCGGCAGCGGCAGCGGCGCCGCGAGCCGCGACGGAAGCGCGAGGAAGCGCGGCCGCCCGCCCCGCGACGAGGACGGCCGCCAGGCGAAGCGCGCGCGGACGGCCGCGCAGGCGCGGUUCGGCGACGCGGCGCGCCCGGGCGACGGCAAGGGCGUCGAGAGCCUCGACGUGGCGCUCGAGGACGAGUUCCCGAGCGCCGACCCGAGCACCGACGGCGGCAGCGGCGGCGACGACGCGGCAUCGCGCGAGCGGGACCUGCAGAAGAAGAAGAAGCGGGCGGGCGGGCGGCGGAGCACGAUCGACUUCAGCGGCCUGCGGCGGUACGACGAGGAGGAGGAGGCAGAGGAGGAGGAGGAGGGGGGGGAAAGAGGGGCGGGGUGGGCGCCGCGCGUGCGGCUCUCGUUCCGCGGGCCGCACGUCUUCGCCGGCGUGCGGCAGCUGGUGGAGGCGGGCGUCGUCGACGCCGGCCGCAUGCCCGGGUGGCUGACGGGCGAGGAGGGCGUGACGGCCGGGACGGUGCGGGGCGGGCGGAUCCGCGGGUUCCGCGGGUCUGGGGUGUGA